UCCAAAUUCCGGUACCACUUUUAACCUGCAAUCCUUAUUCCAGAAUUAGAGUUUUUCUUAAUCUUUCGCUAUUUCUAACUGAAAUUGUGUAGAUUCCAGCAAAUCAUUCAUCAUCUCCAGAUUGCCAAUUUCCUAUAAAUUCAAGGUUUUGACUUUUGAGAAUUCAAAAUUUCAGAAAAAAAAAAUGAAACAUACAUUAUUCCUCAAAUGUCUGUUCCUUCUCACCAUCUUGUCUUCCACCUCGUCUAAAUCUGGCGUUGAAACAUCCAACACAGUUGAAGGGAUCGGCAUUCGGUCCGCGGCAGUCGCAGCCUUGUCAUCCCUCGCCGCCGCCAUCUCCAGCGCGGGAGGCGUCGGCGGCGGGGGGCUGUUCAUACCCAUCCUGACCAUCGUCGGCGGCCACGACGUGAAAACAGCGUCCACAUAUUCAGCUUUCAUGGUAACGGGCGGCUCUGUUGCCAACGUGGCGGCCUACACUCUGUGGAGGAGCGGCGGCGCGAGGCGGCUGAUUGACUGCGAGAUGGCGCUGCUGUGCCAGCCGUGGCUGCUGCUGGGCGUGAGCUGCGGGGUGGUGCUCAAUGUGGUGUUCCCGGAGUGGCUGAUCAUGCUCAUGUUUGUGGUCUUCGUCGCUGGAUGCACCUUCAAGACGUGCAGGUCGGGGGCUGCGUGCUGGAGGUUGGAAUCGCGCGGGUUUAGAGAGGAAACGAAGAACGGAACUGGUGAAAGUACGAAAAUGCCCCUGUUGCGCGCUACUGCGGAUCAAGUCGAAGACGAGGUGCGGACUCCGUGGGUGUCCAUUGGGAUGUUGGUCCUCAUCUGGUUUUCCUUCUUUGCUCUGUAUCUCCUUCGCGGAAACCACUACGGACAUGGUAUCAUUGAGAUAGAGGCUUGUGGAACAGGGUACUGGAUAAUCUCAUCGAUGCAAAUUCCUCUUGCCAUUUUCUUCACUUCAUGGAUCCUCUUCCGCAGAAAGAGUCCUACAAACAGUACUAUUGCUUCAACUCAGCAGGAAAACGGAGGGCGAACGAGAAGGCGGCCAUCCAGCGAACUCGUGUUCCCGAUAAUGGCCCUACUAGCCGGCCUUCUUGGUGGAGUUUUCGGAAUCGGAGGUGGAAUGCUCAUAAGCCCAAUUCUCCUUCAAAUGGGAAUUGAGCCUCAAGUGACAGCAGCGACGUGUUCUUUCAUGGUACUCGUGUCAUCGAGCAUGUCCGCGCUCCAGUACUUGCUGUUGGGAAUGAAGCAGAUCUAUGCUGCUCUAACGUAUGCAGCCGUCUGCUUCGUUGCCUCACUUGUUGGACUGACCGUGAUACGAAAGGCGAUACUUAGACACGGCCGCCCCUCCAUCAUCGUCUUCUCUGUGGCGACGGUGAUGGCUCUGAGCAUUGUUUUGAUGACUAGCUUUGGAGCUAUAGAUGUGUGGAGAAGUUACACAACUGGCCAGAACAUGGGCUUCAAGAACCCAUGCUGACUUGUCUCCCCUAGCUUCUUACAUCUCUGCUUUUUUGAGUUUUGACUAUUAUGAAGAGUCAUGUAGUAAUAAUAUAUUGCCUUUACAACAAUGUGUUACUAUAUAUGCCUAUAUG